UUACAGGCCUACAAUGUCAUUAUCAGGGCUAGAUUUAGCCGUUUAUGGAUUUAAUCAGAGUAAUAGGAAGGUAGAAAAAGCAGGGAUUUCGUACGAAUUACGCAUUGUUCGCGAUAAACGAACACUUGGUCUGAGCACUGAACCUGUCUUGAAACAGUCAUUAACCACUGAACGUCUUAAUGAUUGGACGAAUGUGGACAGUGCGGAAGGCAAUGGAAUCUACGCAGUGAACGAAUUUAUGGAUCCGGAUGACGAGGAGUAUCUCAGUUUUUUGAAAAAUUUGAAUCCAAAACAUUGCAAGGAUCAAGACCAUUACAAAGUCCUUGGAUUAUCAAACUUACGCUGGCAGGCCAGUACUUCGCAGAUUCGUACUGCUUAUCGUGCCAAAGUGCUGAAGCAUCAUCCGGAUAAGAACAAUGCGGUUAGAAUUGAAGACGGUGGUGGUGAAGAUUAUUUCACAUGUAUUACCAAGGCUUAUGAGCAACUGGGAUUAUCGGAACAAAAAAGAAGAGCAUAUGAUUCUGUAGACCCUUUAUUCGAUGAUUCGGUCCCAGACGAGAAAAUGAUCAGUUCUGACAACUUUUACGAUGUUCUGACGCCGGUCUUCAUUAGGAAUGCAAGAUGGUCUGUUCGUCAACCGGUACCAUUACUAGGCGAUGUCAAUAGUGUACAAGCUGAGGUGGAUAGGUUUUACUCGUUUUGGUUUAACUGGGAUUCUUGGCGUGAAUUCUCGUAUCUGGACGAAGAGGAUAAGGAGAAGGGGGAAGAUCGAUGGGAAAGACGUGAAAUUGAGAAGAUAAAUAAGAUUGAGCGAGAGAAACGGCGUAAGAAUGAAAUGAAACGAAUCAGAAAUCUUGUUGAAAUGGCGUACCGUAAAGAUCCGCGAAUAGCAGUGUUCAAGGAGCAAGAAAAAUUGAAAAAGGAAAAACAAAGGGACGAACGUAAGAAGGCUUUGGAGGAAAAAAAAGCCCAGGAUGAGAAGAAGAAAUUGGAAAUUGAAUUGGAAAAUAAAAAAAUAGAGGAGGAACAAUUAGAAAAAGAACGGCAGCAACGGGCUCACGAAAAGCGGAUAAAGGAGCAGCAGAAAAAACUGCUUGGUGAAGCUCGAAGAAAGCUCCGUAGAACUGCUGAGGGUAAGAAUUACUGGGAUGCAGAUGUUUCAUCGAAGUUGUCUUGUCUGGAAGCCAUUGAACAUGUCUGCUUGCGAUUCGAUGCAGUUCGUUUGAAUGAAAUCACUGCUAAGCUUGAAUUGUUAGGCAGUCUCACAGAAGCAAUGAACACUUUAAACGUUCAGAUUCAUAAAGAAGUUCCGGAGAGUGUCGAAACGAAAGACGGAGUUUCUGAGAAUACUGCAGAUAGUAUGCCUCGUUGGUCCGCGGAUGAAAUUACGUUACUAGUCAAAGCUACUACUUUGUAUCCUGUUGGCACCACCAAAAGGUGGUCGGAAAUUGCAAAUUAUGUUAAUGAACACCGUGAAAAUAAAAAUGCAAAAAAGAAAACAGAAAAAGAUGUCUUGGUUCAGGUGAAAACAUUGAAAUCUCUAAGUAACGCUCAGGAUCAGAAAAAAGUAAAGGAUAUCUUGGUUAAUUCGGCAAAAGGAAGUGAACUGGAGUGGAAUGCAGAAGAACAAAAGUUGCUUGAAGCGGCGCUCAAAAAAUUUCCCUCAUCAGAUCCAAGCCGUUGGGAAAAUAUUGCAAAUUUUGUAGGGCGAUCAAAGAAAGAGUGCAUUAGGAGAUUUAAGUAUCUCGCAGAAGUGGUGAAAAGUAAAAAGGAGCAGUUCCCUUGAUGCUUCGUCCAAUUAGCAUCCUUUCUGAUUUCUUGACCUUACAAGGGAUACUUACAAGUGUUUUUGAAUCACUAAUCCAGUAUGCUGCCGACUUAUUUGAUCGGUAGUGCUCUUGCUCAUCUUAUUUUCAAGUGUAUUUCAACUUUCCAUACUUGUCCUACUUCUGGUCUAAGUUUCUUAAACUUACAUGCUGUGUAGUGUCGUCUUAUCAUUUGUAAUAUUCAGUCUGAUUAGGGGACUGGAACCGGCACUGUCGAUUUAAUGAAGUAUGAUCUAGUUUGAGGUUUUGUUAACGGACUCCAUCGCGUAUUUGAUUACGGUGUUGUGCGAGUUUAAAGCACUGCGAAGUUCUUUUCUUCCUUUUGACUUACAGUAGCCCGCGGGACAAUCGCCAACUCAAAGCGAUGAGUACCAUUAGACAACUCAUUAUCAUAUGGAACCUCUUUAACUGGGAGUGUUAGGAACUGGGUACCUUUCGGCGUACUUUUUCUCUGAUAAAGCUACAGGCAUUUGCAAUGUCAUAAGUUUUGUGCCAUCCCAUUCCUACCAAUUAGGUAUUUACAUAUCUGAGUUUCUCACCUCGAUUGUAGUAAUUAAAUAUUUGCUUACUAGGGAUUUUGUUUGCUCGGGAACACUUUCAGUCUUAAUCUGGAUCAAAAUCCCCUGUUUUGGCGUCAUAGUUCAGUU